CCUGACAGCGCGACAUUCAAAUCUGGCUAGAGUUUUAACAUCAUCAGCCCAACGCGUCUCCGCUUGAGAAGGACGCGUCGUGGUUCGUUCUAAAGUUCUACGUCUAUGCACCCUGCUGUCAGAUACAUCGCGCAGAUGCCUUGCUCUUGCUGACUUGUUGAACUUCAGCUGCCUACCUGGUUUUCAUGAUUUGCACUAUGCAAGCGCUGCCAUGGACAUCUUUCGAGUGCGGUUGAAUUGUAUUGAUCACUAUCAAGCCAAUUCGACCAAAUACGACCCCCAACUCCACAAGGAAAUUCGUCAAUCCCAGAUGCGCAAGGAGCCCAAGGUCCCUGUCAUUAGGGUCUUUGGAUCGACGGAAACUGGCCAGAAAGUUUGUGCUCAUAUCCACGGCGCAUUUCCUUACCUCUACAUUGAAUAUAAUGGCAGCUUGAGCCAAGACGAAGUGGGUGCUUUCAUAUACCGCCUGCAUCUGUCCAUCGACCAUGCGCUUGCCGUCAGCUACCGCCGCAAUAUUUAUGGUGAAAGUCCCAAAUUUGUGGCCAGGAUUACUCUGGCUAAAGGCAUUCCUUUCUUUGGAUUCUACGUCGGCUAUCGCUUCUUCCUAAAGAUCUAUAUGCUCAACCCCAUGGUCAUGACGAGACUAGCGGAACUGCUACAACAAGGAGCUAUAAUGAACCGAAAGUUUCAACCGUAUGAGGCGCACUUGCAAUACCUCCUGCAGUUCAUGACUGAUUACAACCUCUACGGUUGCAGCUAUAUCGAUGUCAGCAAGGUUUGUUUUCGAGCCCCCGUGCCGGAGCCUGAGGAGGACAACGAAUUGCCAACUGUCUGGCAUCGGCAGUCCGUCCCUGCCAAUCUCAUUACCGAUGAUGCAGAUCUUCCACGGGUUAGUCAUUGCUCGAUAGAGGUUGACAUCUGUGUUCAAGACAUCCUCAACAGAAAUGAGAUCAAAGAGAGGCAGCUUCAUCAUGACUUCAUCGAGAGGAAGAACCCUCUUCCCGCGGAUAUGAAACUUGUUCACAGCAUGGCUGGGCUGUGGAAAGAUGAAACCAAACGCCGAAAGAGGCGGAUGUUAAAUCCAGCGCCUGGAAACACGCCAUUUCCUCCAGAUGCCUUGGUAUCUAUGUCUGUCGAUCCUCGCAAUUCACAAACGGCCGGGUGGGUCCACGAAGACGAGUAUCGAGAGAAGAUUGAUGAACUUGUGCAAGAAGAGGUGCGGCAAAAUGAUGGAACCGAGGUCACAUUUGAAAAUUUCGUGAAGCGGAUUCAGUUGGAAUCGACGGUGAGAACUCUACUGCAGUCAGUGGAAGAUCUGUAUCCAGGCAAUCUCGCCCCUAUCCUAGGCUUGCCAGGUACGCUGCCUGGUGAAGAAGAAAGCCCGUCAGCGAGCAUCAUGGUGAACGAGGAGCGCAUUCUUGCCUUUGAUCCAGACGAUGAUGACUUCUUUCCCGAUGACUCUGAUGAGGAAACACUUCGAGACUUGAAAGUGCUGGAUCAGUUUAAUACGAAGUCUGACAACUCCAGCAAAAAUGCCUUCGAAGAACAAACCCGUCCAGUCAAGGGUGCACAUAGUAAGGAGUCUAACGGUUUAUCAGACAAUCCAGAAACACCUGCUUUUGUCGACCUUAACGGCAACGCAAAUGAAAGUCCGUCAUCGAGUCUUCCCGAAGGAGUUUACGUUAGCCGUCUUCAGUCUGGUAAACGACCACAUAUUCCUGUACCUGCGGAACUGAUUUCUGCUGCAACAGAACAAGGUUUGAUCAGCAAGGUCCCAAGGGAGACUCGCCCGAUUAGAGAUCAGGGACUUGGGACCUCGAAGCGGUCGUCAACAGAAGAAUAUGAAAAUCAUGAGGCAAAGCGUCGCCGAGUCAAGUUUGUCUUGCACGGGGAAAAUACGACCUCGAACUUACGGGAAGCAGAUCAAUCUGAAUUGCCACAAAUCCAAGCGUCCACCGAGGCCAGCAAUCCCAAGGCGACAGCUCAAAGCAAAAAAUCAAGCCUGAAGAGCGAGAGUGGUAGAAAGAUGAGUAACCAAACCCUCAAAUUUGCCGUCGUCAAAGAUCCCAAUGACCCGAACACACGAUUGCGACUGAGUCAGCAGACGAGUUCGCAACAAAGCCAAGAAGGAACGCUCAAGAAGCAAUCAUCGUUUGAGCACACAGACUUGGUAGCUGUGAUUGAUAACAUGUCGACUGCAAGUCCUAUUUCGACUAAGCGAGGCUCCAUGGCUUCUACGAGCACCAUUAAAGGCCAUGACGUAGUGAUAUCGGUUGAUGUUGGCUGUGUUGCAAAGCCUGGAUCACGGUUUUUCGUAUUUUCACUGCCGCCACCCCCCAUUACAGAUGUCGUGUCCACGAUGGCAGCCAAUGACAAGCCUGACGUGAUAUACCAAGAUGCUUUCUAUAGCAACGAUGGGGAUGUACCUCAGCGAACGCGAGAGUAUGCUGGACAAGAGUACAAACUCGAAAGUAAUACUAUACCAUACCUUCCAGACUUCGACGAUACAGGCUCAUCUCCUGCAACCUUUGGAAUCAAGUCUGGCAUGGCUGCCGUCAAGGGUACGGAUGAGAAACUAUACCAGAGACAGCGGCGCGAAUGUACGUUGAGGAGUUGGGAAAUUGCAACACCCCCGCCAACAUUUGAAGAAGUUGAGAAGUGGAGCAAAGAAAGGCAGGAUGAUGGCGGCAACCAGGAAUCUUCGAUGAAGAUCCACGAUCCAGAACUCAAGCCAUACCUGUCCCAGAUUGAAGGCCCUACGCCUCACAAUAAGCAUGGUUUCAAGUACUCACAGAAGAAGAAAUCAACGAGCGUGCAAUUUGAAGCAUACUACAUGAGCACUAUGAGCAUGGAAAUUCACGUCAAUACGAGAGGCAAACUGGUUCCAAAUCCGGAAGAAGACGAGGUGCAAUGCAUAUUCUGGUGUCUCAAAUCAGAUGAGAGCUUCGCUACUAGUGAUAAUGCUUCCUCGGCUUUACAGUCUGGAAUCAUAGUCCUGUCUGAGGAUGGCUUGAUGACUAAGCGUAUACAGAGGCAGACUUCGGUCGAAGUCAUCGAAGAAACGUCCGAACUCGACUUGAUGGUGCGCAUGGUAGAGAUAGUCAGAACCCGGGAUCCCGAUAUUCUGACAGGCUAUGAAGUCCAUGGCAGCUCCUGGGGGUAUCUGGUUGAACGUGCUCGGUUCAAGUACGAUUACAACCUAUGCGAUGAGUUCUCCCGUAUGAAAAGCCAAUCAUUCGGGAGGUUUGGCAAAGAAGCUGACAAGUGGGGGUUCAACACAACCUCGACAAUCCGGGUAACUGGAAGACAUAUGAUCAAUAUUUGGAGGGCCAUGAGAAGCGAGCUGAACCUGCUCCAGUAUACGAUAGAGAAUGUCGCUUGGCAUCUGUUGCACCGCCGCAUUCCGCACUACACAUGGAGGACGUUGACUGACUGGUAUGUCAAUAGCAGGCAGAGAGAUUUGAGCAAGCUCUUGCGGUAUUACUUGACGCGUACGAAGCUCGACAUCGACAUACUGGAAAUGAAUGAGCUUAUACCUCGCACCAGUGAACAGGCACGUUUACUUGGAGUAGACUUCUUCUCGGUCUUCUCGCGCGGCUCGCAGUUCAAGGUCGAAUCGAUCAUGUUCCGGAUAGCCAAACCGGAGAAUCUCGUACUCGUGUCACCCGACAGGAAGCAAGUUGGUUCUCAGAAUGCGCUCGAGUGUCUACCUCUAGUUAUGGAGCCCCAAAGCGCCUUCUACAACAGUCCAGUCUUGGUGUUGGACUUUCAGAGCUUAUACCCGAGUGUGAUGAUUGCUUACAACUACUGCUAUUCAACCUUCCUAGGGCGGAUCGUCAACUGGCGUGGGGCGAGCAAAAUGGGAUUCAUGGAGUAUGAGCGCCAAAAUCGGCUUUUGGAAUUGCUCAAGGAUUACAUCAAUGUCGCUCCUAACGGCAUCAUGUACUGCAAGCCAGAGAUCAGGAAGUCACUUCUGGCGAAGAUGCUCACAGAGAUCCUCGAGACGCGAGUCAUGGUGAAGAGCGGCAUGAAGCAGGACAAGGACGACAAAACGCUGCAGCAGCUUCUCAACAACAGACAGUUGGCGUUGAAGCUGUUGGCAAAUGUUACCUAUGGGUACGCGUCCGCUUCUUUUUCUGGACGCAUGCCUUGUUCGGAAAUUGCCGAUAGCAUUGUCCAGACUGGCAGGGAAACUCUGGAGCGAGCAAUUGCACUCAUACAUUCCGUACAGAAAUGGAAAGCCGAAGUGGUCUAUGGAGAUACAGAUAGUCUCUUCGUCCAUCUGCCUGGACGUACGAAAAAUGAGGCGUUUGACAUCGGUAAUGAGAUUGCUAAAACCAUCACCGACAUGAACCCCCGGCCAAUGAAGCUCAAGUUUGAGAAGGUAUACCAUCCGUGUGUCUUGCUUGCAAAGAAGCGCUACGUUGGGUACAAGUACGAGAGCAGAGUCCAGGUAAAGCCUGACUUUGACGCCAAAGGUAUCGAGACAGUCAGGCGGGACGGCACGCCCGCGGAACAAAUGAUCGAAGAAAAGGCACUGAAGAUCUUAUUUGAGACAGCGGACUUAAGCCAAGUGAAGUCUUACUUCCAGCAGCAAUGCGAAAAAAUCAUGCGUGGCGCGGUCUCUAUCCAAGAUUUCUCCUUCGCGCGAGAAGUCAAGCUCGGCACCUACAGCGACAAAGGUCCCCCACCGCCGGGCGCUCUCAUCAGCACCAAGAAAAUGCUCGAAGACGCCCGGGCCGAACCGCAGUACGGUGAGAGAGUCCCCUACGUGGUCGUGACCGGGGCUCCCGGCGCGCGGCUCAUCGAUCGCUGCAUCGCUCCCGAGGACCUUCUGAGCAACUCGCACCUACAGCUCGACGCAGAAUACUAUAUCUCCAAGAAUCUGAUCCCGCCCUUGGAACGUAUUUUUAAUCUAGUCGGCGCCAACGUCCGGCAGUGGUACGACGAGAUGCCCAAGGUGCAGCGCAUCCACCGCGUCGAUCAUCACCAGACGGGGCUCUUGAAGAUGAAGAAGACGACGCUCGAGGCGUACAUGAAAGCAGCCGCAUGUUUAGUCUGCGGUUUCAAGACUAAGAACGAGGGGUCCAUGUGCGAUAAGUGUCUGGAGAACGCGCCGGCCUCGAUGCUCAAGUUGCGGUCGCAGCUAGGCAGGGAGGAGAAGAAAUAUUUGGAUGUGCUGAAAUUGUGUAGGAGCUGUGCGGGAAUGCCGCCUUUGGAUGAGGUGGAGUGUGAUAGUAAGGAUUGUCCGGUUUUCUAUACAAGGAUGAAGCAGGGGGCGAGGUUUAGGGCCGAGACGGGGGUGGUUGAGCCGGCGCUGAGGUUGUUGGUGGAGAAUGUCGAGUUGAGGGACUUGGAGUGGUAAGGGAAGAGGGAGUGAUGGAUGGAUGGUUCGGCACAUUGGUCUAACAGGAUUCCAAGGCAUGUUUUAAGAAACUCUCUACAGGAGUAGGUAUUAAUGAGCCCAAGGGUAUUGGUUAAUCUUCAGCAUCCGGAUUUAAUGGCUCCUGGCCCUUUUUGUAGGCCAGUCUCCUACGCGUGUAAUGCGUACAGGGGACUCCGAACGCAUUUGUUCACAGUAUGCCUUUCCGAGUCGGAUAGUUGACUUUAAGCUGUGUUGCUCUCGAUACUCUGAUUCGCCGUUGACCAAGCGCAUAGAUGAGAAC